CAUAAAAGAAAAUGUUCUGCUGGAUGUUUUGCAGAAAAGCAGUUUACUUCACAUCCAUAAAAGUGCUUCAACAUGAAAUUUGUCUUAGGACUCUUCUUCACCUCUGCAUUCCUCUACUCGGGAACAGUUCAAAUGCUGCAGUGUCUAACAUGUGACAAUAUAUUCUGCGAGAACCCAUCUCUAACCAACUGUUUUUCAAAUGAAUCGUGUGCCACCGCACACAUUGCUCAAACUUCUUCAGGUUUUAAUUAUACAAUGGUCCAGAGGUUGUGCCUAUUGAAUGAAGAGUGUGCGUACUUUAAUGCUAAUGGUACAACAUUCACUUUAUCAUUUGGUUUCGGAGGAACAAGUUUCACUUCAUCAGUUUCCUGCUGCAACACUGAUGGCUGUAACAAGGCGAAAGUUGAUGCACCAAACAAAAACCCAAAUGGACUGAAGUGUAAAUCAUGUAGCAGUAUUUAUGAUCAAAACUGUGAUUCUGAUUUGGACUGUGUGGGAAAUCAGGACCGCUGUUUUAACGGCACAGCUUCUUUAUUACCGUCUAGCUUUGGUUUUGGAAACAACACAUUAAAGGGCUGCAUUUCAAGAGAUCUCUGUCAGCCUUCAAAAUUCUCCAAUAUGACCUGCUGUGAAGGAAGCUUCUGUAACAAGGGUCUCUCAUAUAUGAGUGAAGUCAAUAUCAGUCUCCUACUUCUGAGUCUGAUUGCUGUUGCUUCACUACUGUAGGGACAGCAUAUAUGAUUAAAAAUAUGGCAAACAUAUCUCAUUUACUCUAUAAAUAUUAGGGCUGUGUAUUGGCAAGUGCCUCCCGAUACGAUACAUAUCACGAUAGAUGGGUCACAAUACAAUAUAUUGCUAUGUAUUUCGAUACGAUACACAUUUGCGAUAUAUUGCAAUACUUUAAAUAGAAAAUGUAAAAAGUAGAACUAGAAAUACAACAUGCUGUGCACCACCAGGGGUUUUCUGUAAGGAUAAGUGUAAAAACAUCCCUUACCUCAGAGUGGCCAUGAUGUGCGAUGCAUGGACUUUUAGAUCAGAGGUUUGGGUUCUCAAACUGUGGAUUGCGCCCCUCAAGUGGGUAGCACAGGGGAAUAAGGUGGCUCACGCAAGUCACUUGGCUGUUGUGGUGCAUUACAGUUAAAACAAUGAACAUGGGCAGUGUUGGGUGUAACUAGUUACUAAGUAAUUAGUUACUGUAAUUUAAUUACUUUUUCAUUGAAAAGUAAAGUAAGGGAUUACUCUUAUUUUUUCUGUAAUUUAAUUACAGUUACAUCUGAUACAGUAUUGUAUUUAACUAAAUACAAUACUGGAAUAUACAUUAAAAUUGAAAGUCUAACUUUUAAAUGCAUUCAUUAAUUUAUCUUUCUCACAUUUGUAAUACUUUGGUUAUUGUCACGGUCCCACCUUCCUGUUUCUGAAUUUCUAUUCAUGUGGCGGGAUCGGGGCAGAGCCCUUAGGUUUUAUGUGAGAAAACCAUGAGUUGUUUGUUUUUACUUCUCGUGUGUUUUCUCGUGUCUCGUCAGUGGCCCCGCCCCUCUCGUUUCCUGUAUUGUUUCCCGUCCGUGUCUAAUGUUUCCCACCUGUCCUAGCUAGUUAUCCCUCAUUUGUCUUGCCUUUAUAUACCCUCAUGUUUCAUUUUCUUGUUGCUCGUGCAUUGUAUAUGGUGUCUUCGGUGGCGGUCCUUGUUAUUUGUAGCCUGUUUACCUGUUUCUCCCGUGCUCGUGUUCCGUUUGGAGUGUCCUGUCAGUCUUAGUAAGUGUUUAGUUUGGUUUAUCUAGUGUUGUUAUUUUCAGUUUAGUGUUAGUUAGUCUUCGUCCUGUCAUUAUCUUAUUGUAUUGAGUUUUCCCCCAUCGUGGGUUUUUGUUUUUAGUUUUAUGUAAAUAAAGUCUUGUUUUUGUUAACCCCUUCA